AUGGAUCUCGUGCUCAGCAUCUGUGACGACUAUGCCCUCGACAAGUUCUGGGCAGCCGUGCUACCUGCAUCCGCCUUUGCCUCAUCACCCAGUGCGGCGUUCCUCCAGGCAUCGCUGAACGGCUCAUCACUGCCUGUCAUUACCUCGCAACCGGGCAAGUGGUCCCAGCUUCUAUCCUACAUUCCCCAUCCACCACUACCCUCCGCUCACGAGCUCGCACCGAUCGCGCCUUCUCUCGCGUCUGCAUGGCCACGCGACUACAUCCUCCGCCAGUUCACCUCCCUCUUCGUGCUCACCCUGCUCGGAAUCCACUUCCUCUACUUCAGUUUCGCGUGGCUGUCGUACAGGUACAUCUUCAAUCAUGAGAUGAUGAAGCACCCGCGCUUCCUGAAGAACCAGGUCAAGCUCGAGAUUCAGCACAGCCUGAAGGCGUUCCCUGGCAUGACGCUCCUCACUCUUCCGUGGUUCAUAGCGGAGGUCAGGGGCCACUCGAAGUUGUAUGACAACGUGGAUGAAUACGGCUGGGGCUACCUCGCGUUCUCCACCCUGUGGUUCCUCGUCUUCACUGACUUCGGCAUCUACUGGAUCCACCGGUGGGAGCACCACCGCCUGUGGUACAAAUGGCUGCACAAGCCGCACCACAAGUGGAUCGUGCCGACGCCCUUCGCCUCGCACGCAUUCCACCCGCUCGACGGCUACCUCCAGUCCAUCCCGUACCACGCCUUCAUCUACCUCUUCCCGCUCCACCGCCUCCUCUACCUCAGCCUCUUCGUCUUCGUCAACAUGUGGUCCAUCCUCAUCCACGACUCCGACAUGAUCACCGGGCACCCGCUCGAGACCAUCAUCAACGGGCCAGCCCACCAUACGCUCCACCACCUCUACUUCACCGUCAACUACGGUCAGUACUUCACGUGGGCGGACCGCAUGGGCGACUCGUACAGGCAGCCCGUGAGCGAGCUCGACCCGAUGAAGGAGGUGCAGGCGCACUUGGCCAAGCAGGAGAAGCAGGCCCUGGGCAAGCAGCAGUGA